AAACCCAACAUCAGGAUGGCUUCAGAGAGAGCUCUGGUCAUCCUGGCUACGGGAGCAGAGGAGGUGGAGACGGUCAUCCCUGUUGAUGUCACGAGACGAGCUGGAAUUAAGGUCACCAUUGCAGGUCUGGCUGGAAAAGACCCGGUACAGUGUAGCCGAGAUGUUGUCAUUUGUCCUGAUGCCAGUCUAGAAGAUGCAAAAAAAGAGGGACCUAACGAGGUGGUGGUUAUGCCAGGAGGUGGUCUGGGCGCACAGAAUUUAUCCCAGUCCUCAGCUGUGAAGGAGAUACCGAAGGAACAAGAAAAGAGGAAGGGCCUCAUCGCCGCAAUCUGUGCGGGACCUACGGCUCUGCUGGCUCAUGAAAUAGGUUUUGGAAGCAAAGUUACAACACACCCACCUGCUAAAGACAAAAUGGUGGACGGAAGUCAUUACAGCUACUCAGAGAACCGUGUGGAAAGGGAUGGCCUGAUCCUCACCAGCCGGGGGCCGGGAACCAGCUUUGAGUUUGCUCUGGCGAUCGUCGAGGCGCUGGCCGGCAAGGAGGUGGCCGAACAAGUCAGGGCCCCGCUGGUUCUUAAAGAUUAGAGCAGAGAGGUUUGAGGAUGG